CUAUGCUUGAUCGUCUUUAGCACGUCGAUGGAACCAAUCACGUCGGAAUCGCAACCUCGAUUUCAAUCUCCGGUACGUGGGCGAUUGCUUGGCGGGUCGUCCUGUGUGAUCUUCGGCCCAACGAACACCUGAAUCCGGACAAAGAAUUGCCUUCGUCCUCCACACGAUAGUACACCACGUCUCCGGCCUUUGUCUUUGUCUCGCAUCCAGCCUGCCCCUCCCGAGCCCGGCAUGUUCGCAACGGCCUUGUCUAUGACCUGGCUGCACCAGCUUGAGACGUAUCAAUUUCUCGGCAUUCAGACCCUCUGCGUGCUUUCGGCCUGGAUAAUCGCGAGUCGCGAUCAGGAAGCACGAGCGGAGGACAAGGCAAAGACCAUCCCCAGGAACGCCUGACAGCCAUCAUGUCUAGUAUGAUGCGAGCUCUGAAUGUUUUCAAACGUCCCCUCCAAUUGCACUCGACAAGACCUAUGACCGGCUUCCUGCGCGACGGAUAUUGCAAGGUGCCUCCCAGUGAUUUUGGCAAUCACAGCGUAGCUGCCAUAGUCACGGAUGAAUUCUUGGACUUUUCAGCUUCCAAAGGCAAUGACUUGCGACGGGCUGGCCUGACUGACGGCUGCAAGUGGUGCCUCUGCGUAAGUCGUUGGAAGGAGGCACUCCUGGCCAGUAAAGGUCCGGACGACAGAGUGGUACCAAAGUGCGACAGCAUGACAGCGUUCUCUUGUUUGGGCCGCGACUGCUAACCACUUCUAGGGUUGUGCUCAAUGCGACGAACAUCACGGCUCUCGAAGAGGUAGACAUCGAAGAUCUCAAACGGUAUUCUGUCGACAUGCUCCAGGAUAAACCUGUUUUGUGGCAAUGAACGCAUACAUAUCAAACACGUGUCUCAUCAUAAUCGUCUACUUGUACUUUCUAUCAAGAUUUCCGGUAUUUGAAUGCGUAUUUCGGCUCCAAGGCUGCAAAGCCAGAGCUGUCGACCUUGGGCAAAA